GGAUCCGGCCGCGGGCUCCCGUCAUGCUGGGCGCGGUGAAGAUGGAAGGGCACGAGGCUCCGGACUGGAGCGGAUACUACAGCGAGGAGAUGUACUCUCCAAUGGCCGGUGGUGGGAUGGGUUCUGGUCUUGGAUCCAUGACGGGAUACAUGUCCAGCAGUGGGACCACAUCUGGCUCCUUCAACAUGUCGUAUAGUGGGACUGGUCUCAGCCCAGGCCCCGUGGGAGGGAUGGGUAGCUCGGCUCAGGCGGCCAUGUCCAGUCUGGGAGGGAGCGUGUCCACAAUGGGUGGGGCUCUAAGCCCGUCCAGUAUGAGCUCAGUGUCGGCCCAGCAGGCCUCGAUGGGUCUGAACCCAUACGGUGGCAUGAGUCCCACCAUGAGCCCCGGCAUGGCUUACGGCGGUGGCGGGCUGAACCGCAGCCGCGACAACAAGGCAUUCAGACGGAGCUACCCGCACGCCAAACCGCCGUACUCCUACAUCUCGCUCAUCACCAUGGCAAUCCAGCAGGCGCCCAGCAAGAUGCUGACACUGAGCGAGAUCUAUCAGUGGAUCAUGGACCUGUUCCCAUACUACCGGCAGAACCAGCAGCGCUGGCAGAACUCCAUCCGGCAUUCGCUGUCAUUCAACGACUGCUUCGUCAAGGUGUCACGCUCACCAGACAAACCAGGGAAGGGCUCGUACUGGACCUUGCACCCAGACUCCGGGAACAUGUUCGAGAACGGCUGCUACCUGCGCCGCCAGAAGAGGUUCAAGUGCGAGAAGAAGAUGUCGCCGAAGUCUGACGGCAGGAAGGAGCAGGGGGGAGGAGUGUCUCCUUCAGGGGAUGCCAUCAAGCCUCCAGGACUCCUGGACUCCUCCUCCCUGCCGUCCUCCAGCCAGGCGGCCUCACCUCCUGGUCUGGACCUGCGGGGAGGUGUCGGUGGGGCAUCAGACCUGAAGGUGUCUGGCUCCCAACUCCUGUCCUCUCUGUCGUUACCCCCCCACUCCAUGGCACAUGAGUCCCAGCUGCACCUGAAAGGAGACCCCCACUACUCCUUCAACCACCCAUUCUCCAUCAAUAACUUAAUGUCGUCCUCUGAGCAGCAGCACAAACUGGACCUGAAGGCGUAUGAGGCGCUGCAGUACUCCUCCUACAGCGCUGGAGGGGCAUCCAGCCUCGGGGGGAGGACCAUGGAGUCUCUGGAGGCCUCCUACUACCAGGGGGUGUACCCCAGACCGCUCCUCAACACCUCGUAGUACCUGCUGCACUUCCUGUUUGGACUCCUCUUUCUGCAUGCAGCCAUCCUGGACUUCCUGUGUGACUGUGAUGAACCAGAUUGACUCUGAACUGCGCUGUGACCUAGCCAGGACCCACAGAGAGCCAGAAACACUUAAAACUGAUCCAGGUCUGUGAUCCCCUCUCACACACAGAGUCGCAAACAAGCAAAGAUCAAAACCUCCAACACAUUCCUGAUGAGAUCAGUACCACCAUG